AUGACAGCCGCUUUACUGCUAAUCGCGCUAUCCGUCGCCUUGCCUUUGCUCUUGGCCUUGCGAGUCUACCUCGUCCUCCCAGACUCCUCGAAGCCAGCAUCGCGGCGCAAGGAUGGCGAGAAGUGCUCGCUGGGUAUCUUCCUGGGUUCUGGCGGUCACACCUCCGAGAUGCGCACCUUGUUAUCAGGACUCGACUUUGAGCGGUACACGCCCCGCACAUACGUAUACUGCCCUGGUGACGAUAUGUCUCUCAAGAUUGUACGAGAUCUAGAAAUAGCGAAAGGGUCGUCCACAGAGUCCUACCAUCUCGUUCAGCUACCUCGCGCGCGACGUGUCGCUCAACCACUGCUAUCGACCGUUUUGACCUCCCUCAAGACCCUCUGGGUAGCCUUUCGCCUGUUCUUCCUGCAGCCCCUGCUGUCUCGGCCGGCCAGUCCCUGGGUGGACGUACUGCUCGUCAACGGACCAGGUACAUGCGUGCUGGUGGUAGCUGUCUCGUGGAUACGGAGAAUCCUAGGCUUGAGAUAUACCAAGAUCAUCUACGUGGAGUCCUUCGCCCGCGUCAAGUCGCUCUCGCUCUCCGGCAAAAUUCUUAGGCCGUUCGUGGACACUUUCGUUGUGCAAUGGCCAGAUGCAGCGGGACCUAGCAACGGCUUACCAGCGCACUCGGAGACUGACGGAGGAGCUAUCUGUGGGGUGGGGCUCAGGGAUGGGGAAGGAAAUGUCACAAAUCGCGUGGAGUACAAGGGAUGGCUGGUUUGA